ACUAUCUCAGGGUAAAGAGGGGAAACUGACUUAGCUUCAUCAAACAGCUGCAAGCUAACAUUAGCUUUAGCGGAGGGAACAGUGCAGUGCAGCUGGCUCACUCACGCAGCUAGCUAACGGUACAGCUGUUGACAGGCGGCAACUCCACCGACUCUUCGUCCAUCCCGCUGCUGAAGAGGAGCAAAUGAACGAGCUGGUGAAGAGUUUGCCGUCCCCGACUCUCCCGGGGCUGCACCUGACGUGUUUGGAUACCGGUACCUACAAAGGCUGGCUCUUUAAAUGGACCAACUACCUGAAGGGUUACCAGCGGCGGUGGUUCGUCCUUAGUAACGGCCUGCUGUCCUACUACAGGACUCAGGCGGAGAUGGCGCACACAUGUCGGGGCACCAUUCCCUUGGCAACAGCACACAUCGAGGUGGGUGACACCUGCCACGUGGUGUUAACUAGUAGAGGACGAAGCUACCACCUGAAGGCAACCUCUGAGGGAGAGUGUCAGCGCUGGGUCUCCGCCCUGCAGCAAGCUAAGGCCAAUUCCACUCUGCUGAUGCAUCACUCAGAUGACUCAGGAGAUGAAGGCCCUGUACCUCAGGAGUAUCGAGCCCUAACCCAAGGGGUGCUCAAGACUCUGGCCAGCAAGCUAGACGACCUGAGCACCUGUAAUGAGCUGAUAGGAAAGCACGGCGCCGCCCUCCAGCGCUCCCUCAGCGAACUUGAGGAACUGCGUGGAUCCGCUGAAAGCUCAGACAAAGUGAAAGCUGUUAAUGAGCGAGCCACACUUUUCCGCAUCACCUCCAAUGCUAUGAUCAAUGCUUGUCGUGACUUUUUGGACGUAGCAGAAUCUCACAGCCGGAGAUGGCAAAAGACCCUGCAGUAUGAGAGAGAGCAGCGUCACCAUCUGGAAGAGACCAUCGAACAGUUAGCCAAACAACACAACAGCUUAGAGAGAGCCUGGAGGGAGAAUCCCACCUCAUAUACAGGUGUGGAGCGAUCUCAGGAGGGGGACGCGAGUGAUGAGAAUGACGAGGCAGAGUUCUUCGAUGCCAUGGAGGACUCCCGUGCGUUCAUAACUGUGACUGCUAGUAGCAACAUACAGCACAAGCGCUCAGGGAGUAAUCAGAGUAUGAUCAGCGGAGGAAUGUCAAAUGACUGGACGCACAAUGAGAAUGACACCUCAGGUACAAACCACAUGCAGCUACGAAGAACAAGACGCAGUCGUAUUCCUGACAAACCAAAUUACUCCCUUAACCUGUGGAGCAUCAUGAAGAACUGUAUUGGGAAAGACCUGUCCAAGAUACCCAUGCCUGUAAACUUCAACGAGCCGUUGUCGAUGCUGCAGCGUCUGACGGAGGAUCUGGAGUACAGCGAGCUUCUGGACCGGGCAGCUCGCUGUGACUCCUCUCUGGAGCAGAUGUGCCUGGUGGCUGCCUUUUCUGUCUCCUCCUACUCCACGACAGUCCAUCGUACAGCCAAGCCCUUCAACCCACUGCUGGGGGAGACUUACGAGCUGGACCGGCUGGAGGAGUAUGGUUAUCGCUCCAUCUCUGAGCAGGUCAGUCAUCACCCACCAGCUGCUGCACACCAUGUGACGUCACAAAGAGGAUGGACCCUGUGGCAGCAUAUCACUAUUGAUAGCAAGUUUCGUGGGAAAUAUAUUUCUGUCAUGCCAUUAGGAAACAUUCACCUGCAGUUCCACUCAAGCGGAAACCGCUAUGUGUGGAGCAAAGUGACUUCAACGGUGCACAACAUUAUUGUGGGGAAACUUUGGAUUGAUCAGUCUGGGGACAUUGACAUUGUAAACAACACCACCAAGGACACCUGCCGUCUCAAAUUCUCCCCCUACAGCUACUUCUCCAGAGAUGUCCCACGUAAAGUAACAGGAGUGAUAGAGAACAGAGAGGGCACAGCCCAUUACAUCCUGUCAGGAACCUGGGACGACAAGAUGGAGAGUGCCAAAAUAGUGGACAGCAGCCAAGGAUGUGGAGGCUCUGAAGGCAAACAAAAGACAGUUUAUCAGACUCUUCAGCCCAAACUGUUGUGGAAAAAAUAUCCUCUCCCAGAUAAUGCGGAGAACAUGCACUUUUUCUCCUCCUUGGCUCUGACUCUCAAUGAGCCGGAAGAUGGUAUUGCGCCCACUGACAGUCGUCUGCGGCCAGACCAGCGGCUGAUGGAGGCAGGUGUGUGGGAUGAAGCAAACACCCACAAGCAGCGUCUGGAGGAGUGUCAGAGGCUAGAGAGGAAAAAAAGGGAGACGCAAGCCAAUCAGGCCCUGGAGGAAGGGCAAGACAUCGAGGGUUACCAGCCACUGUGGUUUGAGAAGAGGGCAGAUGAUACAACGGGAGAAAGCACCUACCUCUACAGAGGGGGCUACUGGGAGGCCAAAGACAGACAGGACUGGAGCCAAUGCCCUGAUAUCUUCUAGGACAAAAGUUCCCCUGACACUGUGGCAUCAGACAGGCUGAGUGGUUCCUCCUGAUGUAAGGACUCUCUGUGACUUAUGGACAGCUGUGUGUGUGUGUGUGUGUGUGUGUGUGUGUGUGUGUGUGUGUGUGUGUGUGUGUGUGUGUGUGUGUGUGUGUGGAUGUGAGUGAGUGAGUGAGUGAACCAGGUAUUGAAAGUAUCCAUCACUUGCAGAAUUUCAAGCACAAAACAAGCUCCUGCUCCCACUUACUAACCAACUCUCUUCUGCUCUAUUAUAACUUGUGUUUUCAGAAUGCAUGGCCUCAGUGUGUGUGUGUGUGUGUGUGUGUGUGUGUGUGUGUGUGUGUGUAUAUGUUGUGUGUGUGUGUGUAUGUUGUGUGUGUGUGUGUGUUCAUUCAGCACCGUAAAGAACUGAUUUUUGAAGAGUACAUAGAGUUCUUAUGUGCGUCCGUGUGUGUGUGUGUGUGGGGGGAGGGGAUAACUUGGGGCAAAGGAGUGCCGCAAAAUAUUGGUACUGAAUGUCUCGUUCUUCUCAAAGCUGGAACAACUUGUUCCUCAUGCUGAACUUUGACAGAGACACCAGGAUUUAAAGGACCGUAGCAGGACUACGCAUUCUUCGGCACUUAAAGGCUUUUUCAAAGCAGAACUUCAUUUAUUGAUCCCCCUGAUUCUUCCGAAUUUUUACUACAUUACCCGAAAUGUAUCUUGAAGGAUUUAUUGUCCAGUCUGACUGGCCUCUGAUGAGCAGCUAUUGAGCCGUGAAAACCAAAGUAGAUGUCAUUCUCUUUGGACGGACUUCUGACUGAAUACACCAUGCUGUUUUAUAGACAAUCGCUGCUUCCCUCAUGAUCUUGAAAUUAAGUUUCUGUUUGCAUUAACUGGGCACUCCUCCACUAUUUACUAUGAGGAUUACUACACAGCCUGUGAAAGCAGUUGUAUAAUGUUUUCACAGGCUCUGGAGGAGCUUCGUCGAGUCAGAGAAAAUGACUAAAGCGACGUCACUUGAGUAAUCUCUCAAGACACCAUUGAGUUGCAUUAUGGGAAAUGAAUGAUCCAGCGUUUUUGCAGCUUGACCGCAUACUAAUCUAUUUGGACCACUCUCUUUUAAAUUUGCCUCUCAAACUUAUUGGAAGUGCAACAGUAAAUAGCUGUGGUACUACUUCAAAUAUCUUAAGACAGAAGUCCCUCUAAAUCUGCUUAGCUUUGGGGAUUUUCUUCAGCAAAGAAUUAUAUUGGUGCUCAAUUGUAAUUUUAGCCUUAAUUAUGUAAUGAAGUAGUAAGUCCGUAGUAACCACUGCAUCCCCAACGAUUCCCCAGCAAUUAUGUACAGAUUAUAGAAAUCUUUCAGGCUAUUUUUAGUUUUGAGGGGUUACAUUCAGGGUGAAUUCUUUUUUAAUAAAUUGUACUUAAUAUAUCUAGGUUUAUCAUCUUGGUAAGUAGCAUCAAACCUGUUUCCCAGUAGUACAAACUGUAGAAAUGGCUAGCUGUAUAAGUGGUUUCUAUCCUGAAAUUGCUUUAUUUGGACAUGUCCGCAUAACACAAGUCACUUAAGAAGAAAAGACUCCCAGGUCAGAGACGUGUUUUAUGCAACACAAAAAGUAUGUUUCGGUAACAGGAUUCUAUUAGUUGAAUUAUAAAAGAAUCUGAUUUAUACACAUCAGUCAAGGACCAGAAAACAGUUCAAGUAGGCUUAGCAAUAGUUUUUUGUGUGUACAUUAGUAGUAAAUAUACAUACUAUAACCAAUAUUAACCUAUUACUUUAUAGUUUUCAUCUUACUGUGUAUCAUAAUAGGGCAUGAUGAAAAUGUAUAACUGCCUGCUUGCUUUUGGCCUGUAUAUAGCAAGAAUACAAUAGAAAUAGAAUCGCCACAUGUAUAAUCACUAAGAUUGUUUUGUAGUGUUUCACAUUACUUGAAUAUUCACUUUUUGGGCACUUCUUAAACUCUACCUGUGUAUACAUAAUCUUAAAUGGAGUUAAGAUUGUAUACCAGUUAAUGAGAUGGGGGAAUUAACUUAUGAAUAAAAGUUCAUAAGAUAUAUAAUAAUAUUGAUGCUGGAAAUAAGGUGUUGUUCAAAUAAAGCACAAUGUUAUGUUUUUUGCAGGUAAUGAUGCAUACAACAUAAUCUCAACAUAUAGCUAUGCAUGGUUUUAGAGUGCUAAAGAAUCUGUAGUGGAAAGCCUCUUCAACUAGCUAACUGUUUGUGGACUCUUACUGAAACAUGAUGUGAACUCACCUUUUGUGCCCAAUGACCUCAAAAAUGUUAUAUUUUUUAGCUCAAAUAAAAACAUAAAGCUGUG